AUGCUCCUGGCUGUUUCGGGUCGUGUUGGGCCGGAGGGGGAGAGCUGGCAUGGGCCACCGCCACGAGGGCCACGAGCACUGAGUGCCUCCAUGACACGUGCUACGUGGCCAGGUGCGGCUCCAGGGGCACGAGCGCUCAGUGGGCGCUUCACUUCACUCUUGCCCAGAGGAAGCUGCCUCACGAUGUUGGCAGGGUUUGCCGAAACUGGGCGUCUGCGGAUGAACACUUUCUCAGAAGAACAAGAGGAACUUGGAGAUUCUUCACGCUUGGAAGGCACUGAGAAACGAAGCUCGGUUCUGUGGCUUACCCAGUCAUGGGAACACACAUUGCAUGUACCGGGAUCGUGGUAUGUCUGGCAAGUACAUCCAGCCACCUUGCAUGCAAAAAAGGCCUUGGCGCUGUGGUCAACACUGCUGUGGCCACAGGUGCAAGUGGAGUGA